ACUCAGAUAGUUCUUGAUGGCGGCACGGGAUUUCUAAAAGUCGGUUAUGCAGCUCAGAACUUCCCGGAGCACCAAUACCCUUCAAUUGUAGGUCGACCCAUGUUACGCACAGAAGAAAAGGGCGACAAUGGAAUUAUUCUCAAGGAUAUAAUGUGCGGUGACGAGGCAGCAGCUGCGCGGAAUAUGCUUCAGCUUUCCUAUCCCAUGGAAAACGGAAUUGUCAGGAAGUGGGACGACAUGCAACAUUUAUGGGACUACACAUUUUACGAGAAGAUGCAGAUAGAGACGACAGGAAGAAAGAUACUGUUGACAGAGCCGCCAAUGAACCCAUUGAACAAUCGAGAAAAAAUGUGUGAGGUUAUGUUUGAACGGUACCAAUUCGGAGGUGUUUACGUGGCUAUUCAAGCCGUUCUUGCACUAUAUGCGCAAGGCCUUAGUUCAGGGGUUGUUGUUGAUUCGGGAGAUGGGGUGACUCACAUUGUUCCGGUAUAUGAGUCUGUGGUACUAAAUCAUCUCACCCGUCGUCUUGAUGUCGCCGGACGAGAUGUGACGCGUAACUUAAUUGCUCUCCUCCUUCGUCGUGGCUAUGCACUCAAUCGCACAGCAGAUUUCGAAACAGUCCGACAGAUUAAAGAGAAGCUCUGCUACGUUUCUUACGAUUUAGGAUUAGAUAAGAGACUUAGUGAAGAAACAACGGUGUUGGUAGAGAGUUACACACUUCCUGACGGCCGAGUUAUCCGAGUCGGUAGUGAACGAUUUGAGGCACCUGAAUGUCUCUUUCAACCACAUCUUGUGGAUGUUGAGCAACCGGGAAUAGCUGAGUUUCUCUUCAACACUAUUCAAGCUGCAGAUGUUGAUGUCCGAUCAUCCCUUUACAAAGCUAUUGUUCUUUCGGGAGGGAGCAGCAUGUACCCCGGCUUGCCAUCAAGACUAGAGAAGGAGCUAAAACAACUUUGGCUAGCUAAAGUAUUAGGAGGCAAUCCUGAAAGAUUAAAUAAGUUCAAGGUUCGUAUAGAGGAUCCUCCUAGAAGGCGACAUAUGGUAUUUUUGGGAGGUGCUGUUCUCGCAAACAUCAUGGCGGACAAGGAAAACAUGUGGAUUUCGAAACAGGAAUGGGAAGAACAAGGUGCCCGAUCUCUCCAAAAACUUGGACCAAGAUAA